AUGUCUACCGAAUCUGCUUUGUCUUACGCCGCUUUGAUUCUCGCUGACUCCGGUCUCGAGAUCUCCGCCGACAAGUUGGGCGCCUUGACCGCUCAGGCCAACCUCCAGGUCGAGCCUAUCUGGUCCGAGAUCUUCGCCAAGGCCUUGGAGGGUAAGGACUUGAAGGAUCUCUUCUUCAACAUCCAGGCUGCUCCUGCUGGUGGUGCCGCUGCCGGUGGCGCUGCUGCCGCUGCUGGUGGUGCUGAAGAGGCUGCCGCUGAGGAGAAGGAGGAAGAGGCCAAGGAGGAGUCUGACGACGACAUGGGCUUCGGUUUGUUCGACUAA